AUGUCUACUGUUGCUGCCGCCCGCUAUGGUAAGGACAAUGUCCGGGUCUACAAAGUCCACCGGGACGAGAAGACCGGGAUCCAGACUGUUGUAGAAAUGACCGUCUGCGUCCUUCUCGAGGGCGAGAUUGACACCUCCUACACCAAGGCUGAUAACAGCGUCAUUGUCGCAACCGACUCAAUCAAGAACACCGUCUUCAUCCUCGCCAAGCAGAAUCCCGUCAUACCUCCCGAGCUCUUCGGCUCCAUCAUCGGCACACACUUCAUCAACAAGUACCCUCACAUCCACGUCGCGCACACCAACAUCAUCAUGCACCGCUGGACCCGCCUCGAGGUCGACGGCAAGCCGCACCCGCACUCGUUCAUCCGCGACAGCGAGGAGACCCGCAACGUCCAAGUCGACGUCACCGAGGGCACAGGCAUCGACAUCAAGUCGACCAUCAACAAACUCACCGUACUCAAGAGCACCGGUUCCCAGUUCUGGGGCUUUGUCCGCGACGAGUACACUACUCUUCCUGAAGUGUGGGACCGGAUUAUGAGCACGGAUGUCGAGGCGCAUUGGCAAUGGAAGCGGUUCGCUGGGCUCGAGGAUGUUCGUGCUGUUGUACCAAAGUUCGAUGAUACCUGGGAGGCUGCGAGGAACAUUACCCUAAAGACCUUUGCCGAGGACAACAGCGCCAGUGUCCAGGCCACUAUGUACAAGAUGGCGGAGCAGAUUCUGGCGCACCAGCCGCUGGUUGAGAAUGUGGAGUACUCGCUGCCAAACAAGCACUACUUUGAGCUUGAUCUCAGCUGGCACAAAGGCAUCAAGAACACCGGCAAGGACGCCGAGGUGUAUGUUCCUCAGUCCGGCCCCAACGGUCUGAUCAAGUGCACUGUUGCCCGGAAAGACGGUCUGUGGAAGGGCAAGGCCAAGCUAUAG